AUGUCAGACAACUUACCUCUUGAACUCCAACUAAACAUCAUGAAAUGGCUUCCUAUCAGAUCACUGAUUCAAUGCCGAACAGUCUCCAAAGCAUGGAAGUCUCUCAUCGAUAGUGCUGAUUUUAUCAAACACUAUCAAGGCCACAAGCAACAUCUACUCGUAAGUUAUGAAGCUCUUGUUGAUUCUGAACGAAAAUAUGUUUCAAUUGCUGACGAUGAAACAUUUCCCCAAAAGAAAGUUUCCCACACUAUUCCUCUAUUGCUUCAAAACCCUGGAAUAAUCGGCUGCUCUCAUGGCUUGUUGUGUUUGUUUGGUGAUUAUGAAGAUGACAGUGAUGACGCCAUUUCCGAUACUGAAGCAGUUGUUCUUUGGAACCUUUCUAUUAGAAAGGCUGUGGCUGUUGUUCUGCCAUAUUGGGUACAGGGAACUGUUUUAGGUUUUGGUGUGUGUCCAACAACCAAUGACCCUAAGAUUGUCAAGAUUUUACAUGAUAAUAGUUGGGAUGCUCAUAUUUUUACGUUGAACACCGGGGUUUGGAGAAGUUGUAACAAUCUCCCCCGUGAAUCGGUUCAAUUUUCCGAUUCCGAUUUACAACAACAAGUGGUGGAUGGGUUGCUUUAUUGGCUUGCUACUGAUAAGAUAACUAUGGUUGGUGGGUUUACGUCUUGUAAUCUGAUAAUCUCGUUUGAUAUGACGAGUGAAGAGUUUAGAGAAGUAAAGUUCACGAAUAGUUUAGCCCACGUGUGUGAGUUAAAGUUAGCCAUGUCUAAGCUAAGGGAGUCUCUUGUUGUGCUUGAGCGUGAUGUAGGGCCUAACGACACAGUAUGGGGUGUGUGGAUGAUGGAGGAUGGUGAUCCGAAAACAUUUACAAAGCUAUUCAAUGUUAGUGUUAACACACCAUUUGAAUCAAUGGUUUUGGCUAGGGGAUUUAGGAUGACUAGUGAAGCUAUAAUCGAAAUUAUGGAUGAUGAACGUGGACAAUUGUUUGGUUACGAUCCCUGCUCGAAACACAUAAGUAAUCUUGGGAUUGAUGGAGAAGGGUUUUCGUUUUACGUGCAUUCCUACGAGGAAACACUACUUCUGCUUGAUCAACAAAAUCUUACGGUUUAUAAUGAAGUGUAA